GAAUUAAAAAAACUGCUAAUUGUGGAUUGUGUAUCAUUCAUUGUCAUCAAUCAUCAUCAUCUUCUACGAGUUUGGAGAAGUUAUCCAUCAUUGAAGCAUUUAGAAUGCCGGAGAAAGGAAUGAUUUUUCCUCCGGUACCGAGCCAAUUGGUGCUUUUACGGCCAAGCCCUUUACUUCAAUGGCGGCUUGGUGCUCUUACAGCACUCGUCUUCUUCCUCAUGUUAGUCGUUUGGAGUAUUGACGGUUGCUCGAUUCAAAGCUUCGUUGAGCCAUGGAGAUUCAAUGCAUACUCUGUUCGAAUCAGUCCUUCUCCGUCGCCUUUAAUGUCACCGAAACCCAUUCUAGUAUCAGAGAAACCUCACCGCCAAAAUCUCACUUUGAAGACGACGAUGGUUCCACGAAAUCUGGUUCCGAAGAAGACGAAUCUCACUUCAAACUCGACCCGGGUCCAAUUCGGGUGGAUUACCGCCGAAUUGCAGAAGAAUUUCACGGCGAAUUUGAUGAGAAAUUGGUUGGCUCCGGGAGGAGCGCCGUGCAGAGAAGCGAAAACCGUCGAGAUUUCAGUUGCCGGCGUCGACGGGAGUGAUUCUGUGGAGUUAACCGCCGGCGAGAUUCAUGAAUUCAAAUUUCAAGCCAUAGACGAAUCUGGAAAACAUGUUUGCAUUGGUGGGGACUAUUUCGAGACUGAUUUAUCCGGCAAGAAUUGGAAAUCGAGACCGCCGGUGAAAGAUUUUGGCAACGGAACUUACUCUUUCUCGUUACAGGUUCAUCCUGAGUUCGCCGGAGAUUAUAAUCUCACCGUCAUUUUGCUCUUCCGUCAUUACCAAGGUCUUAAGUUCAGUACCUCACGUUUAGGCUUUGACCGAAAGCUUCGCAAUGUUAGAUUACGUUUCGUCAAGAAGCCUGACGUUACUCUGCCGGAGCUCCGGUCAUGUAAAAAAUCUGAUUUUAACAGAGAUGCAUGGUCUGGACGAUGGACUAGGCUUGGCAAGAAUGAUGAGUGUCAGAUUAGCAAUGACGGGCGUUACCGCUGCCUCGCCGUGGAUUUCCCUUGUCGGAAACCGUGGUGCGACGGAGCGGUUGGAGCGAUAGAGAGCAAUGGUUGGGUUUACUCGAGCCAUUGCUCUUUCAAGCUCUUCUCUGGGGAUAAGGCUUGGGAUUGCUUGAAAAACAAAUGGAUUUUCUUCUGGGGAGAUUCGAAUCAUGUCGAUUCGAUCAGAAACUUGCUGAAUUUCGUCUUGGGUCAUCCGGAAAUCCCCGCUGUCCCGAGAAGAUUCGAUAUGAAGUUUUCAAAUCCGAAGAACCCAUCGGAGACUGUUAGGAUCACGAGUAUUUUCAACGGUCAUUGGAACGAGACGAAGAAUUAUCAGGGCCUUGAUUCGCUUAAAGACCAGGACUUUAGAGAAUUGCUCAAGAAGUACUUCAAUGAAGAAACAAACCGUGUUCCCGACGUGAUGAUCGUGAACUCGGGUCUACACGAUGGGAUUCACUGGACCAGUCUUAGAGCCUUUGCGAAAGGUGCUGAAACCGCAGCUGCAUUUUGGAGAGAAGUAUUUGAUGGGAUCAAAAACAGGGGAUUGCAACCGCCAGAAGUGAUUUUCAGGAACACAAUCGCGACAGGCGGCUACGCUAGAACGCUAGCGUUUAACCCAAGCAAAAUGGAGGCGUUUAACGGAGUGUUUCUCGAGAAAAUGAGGGACGCGGGAUUGGUCACAAGCGUAGUUGAUAACUUUGAUAUGACUUAUCCGUGGCAUUAUGAUAACCGGUGCAACGAUGGAGUUCACUACGGAAGAGCUCCGGCAAAAAUGCGGUGGAGGGACGGUGAGAUCGGACAUCAGUACUUUGUGGAUUUGAUGCUCGUUCACGUAUUGCUGAAUGCAUUGUGUGUAAGAUAGAUAUGGUAAAGUUUGGUUUAGGAAGAGUCACGGAUUCUUUAUUUAUGUGUAGACUUAAUUUUUUUGAAGUAUAGAUUAUUAUUAUUAUUUGGGAAAACUCAACUCAAGCUUGAAUUUUAUUGUAUAAUAGCAAGAGAUUGGAGCAACACUUGUGUGCUAUAUGUAUAUCUGGUUGACAUUUUUCUGAUAAUAAUAAUUUUGAACUCUU